AGAAUAUUCUCAAUUGCACUGCAUAAGCAAUGCUUCAAAAGCUGUUGAGCGAUCACACGUUCUGUGCACUUGUAACGUUCAUGUUGGCGUCUAUGACAUGUACAUCUUUUCUGUGGCAAUCCUCAUAUCCAUUGCGGCCGUUUGACUAUAGGUAGAUUCAAACACCCCGACGAAUCGACCAACAAUCCAAGCGAUUCUUAGAAGAUAGAACUCAGACUUCUACAUACUACUUGUAUGUCAGAUCUCGACGUACCCUCAGCCUGUCGCAUAAGCGACAGUGAUAUUUCUGGUAUCGGUGUGCGCAGCAGUUUUUAUCUGCAAAGUUUUCUACUAGUUAUACUUGUGGAUAGAUCAACCGACGCCUCUACCUCUCUGUGGACAUUCACUGCCGCUUCCUUUGGCUUGACGAUCGCGGCUGUGAUGCAAUACGCCAAACAACAGCUCUCCCUACUGGAGGCUUUACAGGUUUCUAACCUAGUGUGGUUGGCGAAUCUCGGGAUCUUCGUCGCUCUAGCGAGUUACUCCCGACAUAAACGAAAUACUCGCCGGAAACGCGGUAGGAAGAAGGCUAGACGUGCAAAUUCAGGGAGCAGGAGACCGGAACGUGGACAUGAAUGGGAUUACGGAGUAAAAACUGCUUCUAUGGUCCAAACCAUCCUCUCGAUGGCCCUCACAUUGUAUAUGUGGGCGGCGCCAGAAAAUUUUGCGCCUUCACAAUGUCUUGAUACCUUAACUUACGUCCUCUUCGUUUGGAGACUACCUGUCCGUCAUAGUGGAAGGAUUGUCGGCUUGACCUUCUCUUCAAUUCUGACUUGCGUUUAUAUUACCAUUACUCUUCACGAGUACUGGAUAUCAUAUCGAAAGCGGAAACUGAAAUCCAAAAAAAAGGAUUCUCCAUCUCCCCCGCCACUUUCGGAACGUACAAUACCUCUGCCCUUAACUUCACCCUCAAGAUCGUCUGAUUUUAAAUCAAGUCCUCAAACGUCCUCUCUCUCCCCAUCUCAGGCUAUCCCCCAAAUUCCUACACCAACAAAGUCCAACCGUCCAAAUCGCAAACUAUGGUCCAACAUCGAUCCUAUGUUCGUUGGAAUACUAAUUUUCGAAACCAUCGUCUUCCUGUAUCUGAUUGUCUCUAACGAGAUACUCUUGCGAGACAACCGUGCAGAUACAGGUGAAUUUGGUUUUGGUCAGGUUUGUAUCGAUGCGGCAUUACUAUUUAUCAUGUAGAAGGCCACUGACCAAUGAACGAUUUUGUAGAUAUUGGCUCUUGUUGUCGUU